CAACACGCCAGGAAUUUGAUUUGCUAUAUAUUCCACCGGGUGGCGCCGUCAGCGAUGGUUACAAGUAUGUGUUAAUGUUAUCUGGUUUGUUCUAUGUAUGUGGGGAGGGGAGGAGGGUCGGGGAGAACUUUGUUUUGCGGGACCGUGGACUUUGCAUCUGUAACUUCCAAAUUGAACCAAUCCUCCCUCAAUCCACCUUCGAGACCCGGGUCUGGCCCCAACCCCCUGUGCUGUCGGUGUGUAUUGCUCGUCCCCAUGUGACAUUCCCGGAGCUCCGGUUCGAUCCCACAGAGGUGCGGUCCCACAGACAGAAGAGGUGCGUUCAUUGCCCGCCGGAGACUGCAAGAGCUCUGCUGAUCGGAAUGGCCGUUGUUCAACGUGCCGCGAUGCUGCAGAAAUGUGGACUGCCUCUCGUGAGGAUGGGAUUGCGGCAACUGCAUGUCUCGGUGAGCUCCGCAUCGAGAAGCCACCAUGAGGUCUUGGUCCUUGGAGGUGGCACGGGAGGAAUUACCAUGAGUGCACGGAUGAGGUGGAAAGUUGGCGCUGGAAGAGUGGCUGUCGUUGAGCCGAGUGAGAAACACUACUACCAGCCCAUGUGGACACUGGUCGGAGCUGGAGCAAAGCCCCUGAACAUGUCAGGGCGCCCAACAGCCAGCAUCAUCCCUUCCGGGGUCACCUGGAUCAAGUCCAGAGUUAAGGAAUUGGAUCCGGACAAGAAUCUUGUCCGAACUGAAGAUGGGAAAGAGCUCACUUACAGAUACUUGAUUGUUGCAUUGGGAAUAGAGCUACAUUAUGAAAAGAUUAAGGGGCUUCCCGAAGGCUUCAAUUUUCCCAGAAUUGGCUCCAACUACUCGGUGACUUUUGUUGAGAAAACCUGGCGGGCACUGCAGGAUUUUGAGGAGGGAAACGCCAUCUUCACCCACCCCAACACACCGAUCAAGUGUGCCGGUGCUUCACAGAAGAUCAUGUACCUCUCCGAGCACUACCUCCGCAAGAUGGGAAAGCGAUCCAAGGCAAACAUUAUCUUCAACACAUCCUUGCCGGUGAUCUUUGGAGUGAAGAAAUACGCAGAUUCGCUUCUGGAGAUUGUUAAAGCAAGGAAUAUAAAUGUGAAUUACAGAAUGAACCUGAUUGAAGUUCGCCCAGACAAACAGGAGGCUGUGUUUGAACUGUUGGAUUCUCCAGGGGAAACCAAGAUGAUCCAGUACGAGAUGCUGCAUGUCACCCCUCCGAUGGGCCCUUCCCACGUGGUUCAGAAGAGCGCCCUGGCUGACGCAGGGGGCUGGGUUGAUGUCGACAAAGAGAACCUGCAGCACAAGAAAUACCCCAAUGUGUUUGGCAUCGGGGACUGCACCAACCUGCCCACGUCAAAAACGGCCGCAGCAGUGGCUGCACAGUCUGCAAUCCUCAGCAAGACUAUAUCAAUGGUCAUGAAGAACCAGAAGCCAAUGAGCAAGUACGAUGGUUACACGUCCUGUCCAUUGGUUACCAGCUACAACAAAUGUGUGUUGGCAGAGUUUGAUUAUGAGAGUCAACCACUGGAGACUUUCCCGUUCAACCAGGGCAAGGAGCGGAGGAGUAUGUUCCACAUGAAGGCACAUGUCAUGCCCUUUCUCUAUUGGCACGCUUUCCUCAAGGGACUAUGGGGAGGUCCUGCCCCUCUGAGAAAGCUGAUGCACCUUGGCACCAAGUAGAAGAUAUAUGGUGAAUGGACUCACCCACUGAUACUGGGGUUUUGCACCACUGACACCAUCAUUAACAUCAGCAUUUCAUACUCAGUUUGUAAAUGCCCGGAUCUAAUCUUACCCCUAGUCUGGUUCAGUAAAAGAAACUGGAAUACUGAAGUCCAAACCCUUCUUUAUUUGUAUACACUGCAGGAAUGGUCUCGGAUCCACUCACGCAAGCCCACAGUAGCCUUGUGAAAACAGAACAGAAGACGACCAACACACCCAAACAAAUUACAUACAUUUUUAUAACCCUAAGCGAAGGCGGGGAUAUCAUAACUGGUUUCAUCAUUGGUUACGCAUCAUAACCAAUCGCUCAAAACACUUUGUCACAACAGACAUAAGUGCCCCUGGUUAGUAGACAUUGAGGCAUGACGCCUUGCUCUUCUAUGAUACUAGUAUUAUGUGUAGGAAGGAACUGCAGAUGCUGGUUUAAACUGAAGAUAGACAUAAAAUGCUGGAGUAACUCAACGGGACAGGCAAUAUCUCUAGAGAGAAGGAAUGGGACAAAGGGAAAGGAGAUCAAGAAAAAUGUAGUAUUCCCCCUUCCCAGUUCUCCGACCAGCCCUACUUUCUCUGACUACAGUUUAUCUGUUUCCUAUGUUGUUACCUUCUUCCAGCUAACAAUGAUCUAUUUUACAUUUCCCUUGAUCUCCAUUCCCUUUCUCCUGUUCGCACACCUUACACUUCCUUAUCUAUGUAUCUCCCUAUCCCCUGACAUCAGUCUGAAGAAGGGUCUCAACCCAAAAGGUCGCCCAUUCCUUCUCCCCAGAGAUGCUGCCUCUCCUGCUGAGUUGCUCCAGCAUUUUGUGUCUAUUUAUGGAUAGUAUGGAUAUUCUUUUAAAGCAGAUGGGGACCUCAGAGUUUAGUAAUGAGAGGCCAAAGUCUGUGAAAACUUCAGCCUGCUAUUCUGGGCAUGUUUUGAGCAUGUGGCCAGAUACCCUCUAAGAGUCGGAUAUUUUCCAAGGGUACACCCCUGUGAAGGAUCUUCUGACAUUGGUGACUGAGAUCCCAUUGUCAACAGGGAAUGUGGUGGGAAACGCUCAGGCAGGUGGACAGUAGCCAUGGAGAAAUAAACUGUUAAUUUGUAGGUAAUAGUCAUGGCGUACGUGGUACAGCUUAGAAACGGGCCCUUUGGCCCACCACAUCCAUGCCAACCUUUUUGCUCAUCCACACUAAUCCAAUUCGCCUGCAUAAAGGGCCUGUGCCACUUUCCCGAGUUAUUCACGAAUUCCCCCGAGUUUUCAAACUCGCAGAAUGUUCGUAACGAGUGUAGGAGUCUCUGGAUAUAUCGUAGCGGCUCGUUAUGCCAGCCGUAGGUACUCGGGGCUAUUUUUUUACUCGUGGACAUUUUUCAUCGUGCUGGAAAAAAAAGUCCAGACUUACCGGAUGUCCCGAGUACCUACGUCUAACGUAGUGUAUAACGAGCUGCUACGAUACGAGGAGGUUGACUGGACUUUGGUUCCUUCCCUCACAGUGGGGAACUUUAGUGCCGUUGUGGGGAUGUUUACGUUGUGGACUACUGUAUUCUGUGUUUUGUUGUUUUUUAAUUUGUAUGACUAAGGAAAAUAGUAUUUUGUUAUCUCUUAAUUGAAGACAAUGACAAUAAAUUGAAUCCAUCCAAAUCCAAAUGAAA